AGUGGUCGCUUUUGGGCGUGAAGCUAUAUUUGGUCAUCGGGAUUUCAAAGCAAGGGAAUUGCAGGUGCCACUGCCUACUAAACGUAAAGAAAUGUUCAGCAGUUGGUGGUUUUUGUUUUGAAAUGAACCGGAUGUGCAGCUCGUGCUACUGCUGCGUUCAAGCUAUUCUGGCAGUCAGACAAAUGAAACCCGUUUCACUUGCCUCUCUCUAAACGUCCGACAGCCUUUAAAAACAGACAUCAAAGCGUGUCUUCAUUCCUUGAAACUGACAGGUACUUGUAAACAUGGCUCGGCAAGAAAAUACAAGACUCGCUCGGCCUCAUGGAACCGAGGUGAAGGGCAGAAACGGCUCUUACUUUUUGGAAUAACUAUUUUACACCGGGAGCAGCCAGUAUGGUGAAAGAGGAGCUCAGGUUGAGCGAGCGUGGUUCUCAUCCUCCGAGCAGCAAGAACACCAAAGACAAGAGCAACAGUUUGACUCUAAAGGCGAUGCGCCAGGUUAAGGUCACGGACGACCGCCGCCAACGAGGCUGCAGCUCCGAAAAAGACUCUGGCUACUCUGACAAUGGCUCCGACUGGCAGCCGACUGACGUGGAGGAUCAGCAGAGCAUUAAAAGUCAGUCCACAGAGGGCGCUGUGGUGCCGCCGUUCCAUCACGGCCAAGAUGCCGGGAAAGGAAAAACUGGGAAUUCUUCACAGAUACCAAGAGGCCAACCCAUCCAGCCGUUCUACAUCGUCAACAACAUAGUACUUAAGCAGCAGCCAGAAAGUGUCCAGAAAAACGGCAGGCUGCUGUGGAGAAAUAGUCUGGGUGAGGCGGCAGGCUCUGGCAGCACAAAUAUGAUCCUCUUCCAGCAGCCCAGCCUGAUGCCGACCGCCCUCCACCUCCACAAGCCCUCGUCUCAGAAGAACAACCAGGCGACCCACUUGCCCAUCCUCAACUCCUACCCCUGCAUCGCACCGCACCCGAGCAAGAAGCCGCCGGAUAAGACCUUGUCCAACGACCAGGUGCAGAAAUUGAGGAAGAGGGUGUACACAGAACGCACGGGAUACCUCAAAGCUGUGGCCACCUCGGAGCAGCCCUGUUCAACGUCAUCAUCUUCACCCGCCUCCAGUCCUGCUGCAGCCUCUUCUUGCAAGACUCCUCCUUCUCCGUCCUCCAGCUCCUCGGUCCACAUCAGCCGGGGGCCUCAGGGCACUCGCCACCGCCGCUUCCUCAACAUGGCGGAGAUCCUGCGUCAGUCGGGUUUGCUGGACAUCACGCUCCGUACCAAAGAGCUGCUGCGCCAAAGCUACGCCACCGAGCGGGAGAUUGCCGAGCUGCGCGAGCACACAGAGCUGCUCUGCCGGGCCGCUGAUUGCGGCACCGCUGCCACCUGGCAGAGCGUGCACAGGACCAUGGCCGAGUCCAGCUACUAUCCCAGCCUGAAAAACCUGCAACAUUUCCAAUCGCCGUCUCAUCUGGAUUCAGCUGGAGACGCCGUGGACAUACCAAGACAGAACUGUGAGGCAGAAGUGUCUCGUGAGGAAGUUGCCUUUAAACCUCCAGAUAGCCUAACUGGUCAAAUGUGACGUGUGCCUUUAGAAGGAAAAGCAGCACUCAGGUCCAACCAGGCACUUCUUUCUGGACAAUGCGUGUGAUGUUGAUCAUCCAUGGAUACCGACAAUCCCUUUUUUAUAUUUCAUAACCACUAUGGUGGACCCCCAUGGCUUACACACCGCCUCUCCAGGGGCAACCAUUACCCCGAAUUUCUCCUGAUUUCCACCCGGAAAACAAUAUUGGGGGCGUGCCUUAAAGACACUGCCUUUAGCGUCCUCUACAACCUGUCGUCACGUCCGCUUUUCCGCCAUACAAACAGCAGUCACACAAUAUAUGCAGCUUUUACACACACGUGAAUGCAAGGCAUACUUGGUCAACAGCCAUACAGGUCUCACUGAGGGUGGCCGUAUAAACAACCUUAACACUGUUACAAAUAUGCCCCACACUGUGAACCCACACCAAACAAGAAUGAGAAACACAUUUCGGGAGAGCAUCCGCACCGUAACACAACAGAACAAAUACCCAGAACCCCUUGCAGCACUAACUCUUCCGGGACGCUACAAUAUACACCCCUUGCUACCACCAAACCCCGCCCACUUCCCGAAUUCUGAGGUCUCAAGGUUGGCAAGUAUGCCCCAUGGUCCUCCAGCGCUCUUCUUCAGUGGUAUAAAGUUGCCUCCGCCUUAGACAAGGGGUGUCCAAAGUCCGGUUUUAAGCCAUUUGCGUCCCGCAGUGUAUUCCAGGGAAAACAAAACUGUUUUUGCACAACAAAACACAAAACUUGUCUUCAAAGUCUGAGAACAUGACCGACUUCCCUUACGCGCUGAAAUUUUUAAAUUUUUUAUUUUUUUUUUGCCCGCAUUGUAGGAGCUGAUUAUUUUUGCCUUCAAACCAGGGAUGUCAUAUGGUUCAGUUUUUUUAAACCAGAUUGAUCACACAUUUGAAUUUGGAUUCAUCAUGGUUAGAGAUGUAACGAUAUAAAAACACGGUUAUAGUGAACAUAAUUAUUACUUAUUAUUGUGGUAUUGUUAAAUGUGUAAAGGGUUUGCUUUAGUUGUUUUUUUAAUAACUAUAAUCGAAACACUGUUAGAAAGUCCACUAUUUUGCAUGCGUUUUAUGUUUUACUGACAAGUCUUCUGGCAGGCGUCCUACUCUGAUCAGCGGUUCUUGAAUGCAUCGUGAAAUAAAUUCCAUGUCAUAUUCCUAUGAGUAUAGACCGAUCACUGUGUUCUAAAGUACAGCUUGUAGAUUUAAUGUACAAAAUUAAAUAUUUGGCAUCAGUUAGUCCAGGAUAUUAUCAGUGUUAUCAAUCAUGGUUUUUCAAUCAUUUUAAUUUAAAACUAAUACUGACUGCAUGGAGUUUUACUGCAGUUAUCAUUAAUACCGUGAGAUCUUGGCUGCAUAAUUGAAAUUAAUCGAACUAUUUGGACACAAAUGCCAGUUUUUAUUGUUAGGAUGUCAUUAAGCAUCAUUUAUAAACCUGUUUUACUUUAUACUUUAUACGUUAUUUGCUCAUAACAGUUGUAUUUAAAGUCCAGUCAGGGUGGAUUCUUAAAGGUAAAUUUAGCAGUGAGCACGGAGCUCCUCAUUCAUCUUCGUACUGACGCAUACGUUGACCCGAUAACAGAGCGUACAACAAACCUUUCAGUAACCAUCCGCACUUAAGCUAAAGGAACGUUUAAAGUCCAAAUAAAUUGUGUGAUCAAUCGGCGCAUUAAUGUCAUUUUGUGUGAUUCAUCUCACGAGGUAACUUAUUUUUGGAUAGCCCUACUUUUAGACAUAACACAGGUUAAUACUAAUGUUUUCCGUGUUUUUCUCAGGGUGCUGCACCUUUAGUGAAGUGAAUUAUAUUUAUAUAGUGCUUUUCUCUAGUGACUCAAAGCGCUUUACAUAAUGAAACCCAGUAUCUAAGUUACAUUCAAACCAGUGUGGGUGGCACUGGGAGCAGGUGGGUAAAGUGUCUUGCCCAAGGACACAACGGCAGUGACUAGGAUGGCGGAAGCGGGAAUUGAACCUGCAACCCUCAAUUUACCAACCGAGCUAUGCCGCCCCUUACACUUUGAGAACUCCCAGGAUAAAGUACAGUGGAACCUCAAUUUACCGUCUUAAUUGGUUCUGAAACAGGGCUGGUAAAUCAAAAAGUUGGCAUAAAAAAUUUUUUCACAGAAAAUAAUAUAAAUAUGAAUUAUGGAUUCCAGCCUCGACAAAACUCAAUAUAAUAAUGGAUUAGAUUUUAUAUCACACUCUAUUAUUAGAUAUUCAAAGCGCUAACAGAGAAGUGGGAACCCAUCAUUCAUUCACACCUGGUGGUGGUAAGCUACAUUUGUAGCCACAGCUGCGCUGGGGUAGACUGACGGAAGCGAGGCUGCCAGUUUGCGCCUACGAGCCCUUAGACCACCGCCCAGUGUUCUGCACCGGGGGCAAGGGUGAAGUGUCCUGCCCAAGGACACAUCGGCAGCAAUUUGGAUUUCAAGAGGCGGGGAGCGAACCUGCAACCCCUCAGAUUUCUGGCAUGGCAAUUUUAGUUAGUCUGUACACUUUGAACACAUUAUAUAAAGUGUUUUACAGUACAGUAGUGUAUAUCAAACAAACAUAACAAAGAGGUGAUGACUAGUAACAAGCUGAACUGCCUACAUGCGCACACACACACAGAAGUCCCUUUGGUGCCCUCACAAAUGAUAAGAAGUCACACAAUCCUUAACUUUUAUAACCAUUUUGUUACAAUAAUAUACUUCUAAAAAGUAAAAUCCACUUGGAGUACGGCAAAGGAGUAUAGGAGAGAAAGGCGUAGAAGGGAGGGCGAGGGGGGCUGAAUGCGUGUGUGUGCUCUCGGAAGAGGUGUCACUGAACAAGAGGGUCUUCUACGCUGCUGUGAAAUAAGUCUUCUUUGGCAUUUUUUUAUUUUUUUAUUUUUUGACCAAAAAAGUCUGUUCUCAUCACAAUUGAAAUGAAAAAUUACUGUUUUCCAAAGCUGGCUUCUUCAAUAUCUUCGAUACGCGCAAGCACAAAAUGGAUGAAUGAAUCUUUCGCACUCAAAGACAUAGUUUGCACACAAAAGGCAUAUUUGGCUCAUUCUAAAAGUUCCUAAACCAAAAUGUUUGCAAUUGGAGGGGCUCUUAAAUCGGGGUUCCACUGUAUAGUCUUCAUCCAUCUGUUUUCUCCUUCUCAGUGGCCUAGUGGUUAGAGUGUCCGCCCUGUGAUCGGCAGGUUGUGAGUUCAAACCCCGGCCGAGUCAUACCAAAGACUAUAAAAAUGGGACCCGUUACCUCCCUGCUUGGCACUCAGCAUCAAGGGUUGGAAUUGGGGGUUAAAUCACCAGAAAUUAUUCCCGGGCGUGGCACAGCUGCUGCCCACUGCUCCCCUCGCCUCCCUGGGUGUGAACAAGGAGAUGGGUCAAAUGCAGAGGACAAAUUUCACCACACCUUGUGUGUGUGUGACAAUCAUUGGGACUUUAACUUCUAACGCUUGUCCCUAAUGUUAAUAGUAAUAUUAAAUACAACCGUUUACACUCGUAUUUUAUUAAUAAUGUGGAGAACAAUUGCAGAAAGCAGAGACCUGGGCUGUUUCUCCAUGUUUAGUACAAAAUGAUCGCCAGCCGUAGGUUUGGACACCCCUGUUUUUAGGCCAACUUUGUGUGGCAAAGACAAAUGUCCGCAUGACUGUAGUACAAAAUGCAAUUAGGGCCUUAAAACCAAAUGCUACUAAAUUAAAGUCAACCUGUAUAAUUGUGUCACAGAAAAGAUCUCGAUACUUUUCCGUCCCUUUUUUAAAAACUUGACCUUUCUUUAAAGCACAAGUCGAGUAUGGCCUCCCCGACAUUUUCAGUUUUCUCUUCAGCAGGACUGCUAUCUGGCAGCAUUAUGCAGUCAACUGUCUCAAUGUAAACACUCUUAAGAUUGACUCAGUAGUUUGAUGCCUUGUACUGUUUUGGGUUUUAGUUACUUGCUCUUCUGCUGAUGCUGAUGGCGGCCACUGACUACAUUGCACACGCUUCUGAAACAUUGUCAGUUGCGAUUUAAUAAAAUGAAGGUAAAGCACA